AUUACAAAAGCUCCCUCUUCUGUAAACAAUAAACUAUGUCUCUUCAAAUGUAAAUUCCCUUGCACUUGUGAAUGGGACCCGCUUAUGUAAGAAUCGACCCUCCGCGAUUUCCACAAAUCAACAAUGUCAUCGCAUUAGCAACCAAACAAUCAAAAGAAGACAGUAGUACGGAUUAAGGGAAUUACACAAAGCGGAAAUCAAUGUCAAACGUAUGGGCAUAAUUUGGCUCACCAGCAUUUUAAUAAGAAGCAAGUAGGUGCUUAUUAUGCAGGAGAAAUUGCAAGGAAAUUACUCAACAUCACGAGAAGUUUAGUUUAGAAUGAGACAAGAUAAAGUUUACAGAAGAACACAAUAAAUGAUUACAAUACACGUUUAAAUAAUUAUAUGGAAUACUGUACUUUGUACCUAACCAAGGCCUACAUUGGAUAUAUUGCGGAAAUAUUUUCGUCUAUGAUAUUCAAUAUGUCUAAUUCCAUACAUUAUUGCUUCAUAAUCAACGAAAACGUGGCGGCAGCUUAAUCGAAAGCUAGAGCUUGUAACCAGACAGAGAUUCGUAUUUCAUUCUGAUCAAAAAACAAACGUUCCAUUUUUUUAGCCAAUAAAGAGUGUGAGAUGGGAUCGUCUGCAUCAAAGAAAAGACGUAGUUCAAUGGUGGCUGUCAGUGCCGUGAACGCAUUCAACCAAGCCGGAAAGAGACACAACGAAAAAAAUGACGCAAAUGAAUGUAAUCAAGAUGCUGGACGUCCGCCCACAACGGUAACUAUCGAUGCGGCUACAAAUCCCCCUGGAGAAAAUGGAACAUUCCCAUCCGCAUUGAAGAAAAGGCCAUCGGAAAAGGAUGCAGCCGUUAUGAUACAGAGAGUUUACAGAGGACAUCAAGAAAGGCAGCAAAGGAAGAAAGAAAAUGAAAUGGCUAUUGUUAUACAAAGGCGAUACAGGCGGCAUAUUUCAACAUCGGAAGAUAAGAAUCAAACCAAAGAAGCAGAUAAAACAAAGGUAUUGGAAGACAGACGGGAGAAAAGGAAAGACAGAGACCGAGCAUGGCGGGAUAAAACCGUAGCGACCAAGAAAAAUAACGAUGCACAAAUUAGUGAACAAGUGCAGCAGGAGUUGCACGGCUUCCAGGACGAAAUAGUUCAGUUAAAAUGGCAGGCUGACCAACAAGUAGAGCAGAACUUUAUGAUAGGCACAGCGCCUCCUAGAGUAGUUUUUAUAUCUUCAAAAAUUGGCAAAUCAGAACUUCUAGCCGAUGCAGCUCACGAUCAGCCUAACAUCAUGGUAAUUCCAUAUAAUUUUGAAAGAGAUACAUUCGAAGAAUUAAUUGAUAAUAUGAGGUCAAAGUUAAACGCAUACAAGCACGGCUGUCGAGCACAAUCUGUGUGUUUUUACUGUCAAGGCGGGCCAGGAUUCCUUUACAUAGUAAAAGGAAAAGUCCUAACAGUUGUCAAAAUUAAGAAACCUAGCGAAAAAGAUCAGCGAAAAUUUUGGGUUUCGAUCGGUGAUAUGAUGUCAAAGGUUGAUCCAGAGACCACAGUAAUACACGUGAUGGGAUGUCAUGUACUGGGCAAGGAGAAUGGCCAAGAAUUGUUUGAUCAUAUAUCUACCAUGAUGAAACCAAAUAUCGUUCAACUAAAGUCUCCUCUAGAACUUUCGGAAGAAGGAAAAGCAACGAUCGAUCUCUACUUUGAUAACGAGAAAUAUAAAGAGUGGAAACUACAGAGAUAUACAAAAACCGACUCGCUAAUCAACAAGUACAAAGAAAGCUAGAGGAGUGACUUAAGAUAAGUGCCACGGGUAGGCCUAUACGACGGUGAAGUCACGUUUCAGAUUUUAUAGAAGUUUUAAUACACGUUGAUAAUUGAAACUGCAGUUUCUAGUUUUUUGAAUCAUCAGCAUCCGUGUGACAGCA